AUUGUCCUGUGGGUGAAAGGAGCUGCCCGGAUUGCAUCAGCGGCCGCCCCUCGGGGCUGGAGGGCUCCCCCGGCCACGGCAGCGACCCUGGACCGCGGCGUGCGGCGCGCGCCAUCGCCCUGCCUGCCUCCGGCUUCUGCGCUUCUCCUUCCUGGCUCGGGCUUGGUGAAAGCUCCCACCGCGGAGCCAGCGAGAAGGAGAAGGAUCUUCCCUGCCUGCAGCUGCGUGCAGGCCUCGGCCUGGCAGCCGCGUCGCUGUGCACCCCGUCGGCUCUAGAUGUGCGGUGUCAGUCAUGUCUGAAAAAGACAGCAGUGAAAAUCUAAAAGAAGAAGCCUCUCAUGGAGAUGAAAAUGAACAGAAACCUGAGGAACUUGGCUCCACUGAGAGUAGUGAACAGGGAGAGCAAGAGCGUGAACCUGUGCCUAUGACUCGGAAAAGACCUGAACCCAAACCCCCAAGUCAGCCUGCUGCCACAGCAAAAGCACCAGCUGAAACACUCAAGGUCUCAGAUUCUCCUGCUGCAGCUCAGACAGGGUGGGGAUACUGGGGAAGCUGGGGGAAAUCGCUUCUCUCCACUGCAUCUGCUACUGUUGCUACUGUAGGUCAAGGCAUUUCAAAUGUCAUAGAAAAAGCAGAAACAUCCCUUGGGAUCCCCAGUCCUAGUGAAAUCUCUUCAGAGACUAGAGAUGCUACAAAAGGAAGUGAGAAUCCUGGUGAUAGCUGCACAGAUGCAGUUGAUGAUGGCACUUCCUUUCCUAUCACUGGGGCUCUUGGAGUUUUAUCAACCAUCUCUACUGCUGUCCAAAGCACAGGAAAAAGUGUUAUUAGCGGAGGUCUGGAUGCCUUGGAAUUCAUUGGGAAAAAGACAAUGGAUGUGAUAGCUGAGGGGGACCCAGGUUUCAAAAAAACGAAGGGCCUAAUGAGCCGGACCUCUACACUGUCUCAGGUCUUACGAGAGGCAAAGGAGAAAGAAGAGCAGCAGACAGCUACUGAGGUUACCAUGGUUACUGAGAAGAAAGCCCAUUAUGGGUUACUGUUUGAUGAGUUUCAGGGUCUUUCGCAUCUGGAGGCCUUAGAGGUGCUUUCCAGAGAGAGUGAAUCAAAGGUAAAAUCGGUUCUAAAUGCCCUCUCCGGGGAACAGUUGGACACGUUGCAGGAGGAAAUGGAGGAGCUUAGAGAAGCAUUUUCAUUAGCUGAAUUCUCUGAAGAAGAAGAGGAAGAGAAGAGGGGUGAUGAGGAAUUCACAAAGGAAGUAACAGAGCUGUUUUCAGAAUUGCAUGUCUCCACAAAGCCAGACAAGCUGAUCAUGGUGAGAACAUCUGCUCAUGAAUGGUUAGCACAAUUCAACACUGAUCUUUCUAAAGAGGAAGAAGAGAGCAGAGAAAACCAAGUAGAAUCCAGAGAUGGUGACCAUAAUGCUAAAAAAUCAGUAGAGGAUAUUCAUGCAUUUGCCAUUAGAAGCCUGGCUGAACUGACAGCAUACUCCAUUGAAACGUUUCACAAAACUGCAGCUUUAUUCCUACAUGGUCAGAAGAAAGAGGUGACAGCCACAGACCGAGCCAAGUGUCUUUCACAAAUGACAAUUGUACUGUGUAAAGAACUAUCAGCUUUCUCUAAAGAGUUUACUACGUGCUUAACGACUGCAGGGGUCAAAGAGAAAGCAGAUGUGCUUAAUCCCUUAAUCACUGGAGUGUUUCUGGAGGCUUCAAACAGUGCUUCAUAUAUCCAGGAUGCCUUUCAGCUCUUGUUGCCUGUACUGCAGAUCUCUCUUAUUGAGGCUAGAACGGAAUUAUUGCAUCAAUAAAUACUCCUUCUACUUAAGAACUUUUUGACCUUCCCAGUUCGUAGUUUUCAUGCUGGAGAAUGGUAUAAUGGUCGAUGUUAAGGGGAAAAAUUAACUCUGAUCACUGCUACUACAAGAAUGGUGAUUAAAUGCGGAUGGGCAAAGACAGCUCUGCAGCUCAUUGAGAGAUGAGAUUAGCAUAGUCCAAACUGGAGGACAAUGAGAGCGACUUAAAGUGCAGACUGUUUCCCUGUUUCCAUGGACUGUCUAUAUCUUUUCACUCAAAUCCCUCUGCUGUGUGUGUUAAAAAGCUCUUUGGAGAAGCUCUCUGGACUGUGAAGACAGUGCUGGAGAAAAGAGUAGCAGCUGGCUGAUUAAAGACUUAGCUAAAACAAUGGUGUGAUUUUUAAGUUUGAGAGACAUAAUUAGGUUCCUAAUAGCUCUGUGUUGGUAUUGAAAUGAAUAUUGAAUAGCAAAAAAAAUAUUUAAAAAAAGGAAACACUUAUGAUUAUGAAACUUAUGAUUAUGAACCUUGCAAUUCUUCGAUUUGAAAGACUAGAACAGAGUAUUCCUUAUGCUUUAUCAAAGCAGUGUUGCUAAAGAGAAGCCCCAGCUUCCUAAAGAUGUCUGUUAGUGACUCACGGAUGUGGGAUGGGGACUUUCACCAAGGUCUUAUUUCUCCUCCUCUUGCAGAAUGCUUA